AAUCAUUUCAUUUUUCCAAAUCUCUCUGGCUCACAUAGUUAUGUCUGAAAUGGUGUAAGAUUGAUGCUGAGGUGGGUUUGAAACCUAUAAAACUAGGCUCAAACACCUCUGCAAUAAUAGUUCUCCGCGAUAAAGGAAUGACGAAAUAUGAAGAUUCUGUACUGAGCAAGGCUGAGUCAAGUUUAUGUGAUGGCCCUAUAUACUUCACCUACUUCCCUACCUAUUGUGUUCCUUUAAAUGUCUCGUGUGAUACUUUCGUUAUUGACGUUAAAAUCAAUGGAUCUGGUGGGAGUGAGACUGAGAACGUAGUUCUUAUGUAUAAGUUCCACUAUCAAGUGGUGAAUAUGCCAUUUCUACGGAAAUAUUCGGGUGAUUUUCCGGUUGAUAAGGGAGGGGAGACUACUUUAUACCUUACUAAGAUUGCUGAGGGCAAUCUUGUGGUGUCGAAAACGAUCUCUUGGUUUAAGGCUGGAACAGGCCAAGGAUCGGUGGGUGGAAACGAGCUCUCCUCCUCCCGUGGUGGCGGUGGGAAGUUCCUUCGUCGGGUGAGGUUGGAGAAAGGGGUGCUGACGGUAACGGUGCCAAAAGAGGAAGUGAGUAGGAAAAUGCGGGUGAAGGUUGAAGAUAUCUCCGGUUAAUUAAGCAAAUUGUGGUGAUUAAGAAUUGUGGAGUCCAUGUCUUAGGACAAUGCUUAUUACUUGUAUGCUUGUAGUUCAUUUGUUAGACUUACUGUACAUAGUCUCUCUAUUGCAUGUUAAUUUCAAGGACCCGAAUAUUAUAUAUCUAGAGAGAGCUUAUUAUA